AUGGCGUGUUUUCCUUUGUAGCCUAUACUCCCACGCGCGUGCUUUGUAUCGAUCCUCAUCAGAGUCUACGUAUGGCUAAUUUGGGCAGGUCCCUCCAAUCAGCUGUCCCGCUGCCUCCGUCGUACGAUGUUCUCGCGUGUUCUACUCACGGUGCCUUGUUUUCAUCACCCCAGCCUCAGUCCACGGCAGCUCCGCGUCUCAGUCGGUGGGCGAGGAGGAUGAAGGGUGCGCAUGUUGAAAAAUGGACUGCGCACUUUCCUCACGGGCUCUCGCAUCGACGCGUCUGAAAACGUCCCCUCCACGGUGAUGCUCCAUGUUGCGGCGAGGAGCGGUUUUGCGGGAGGAGCGCGGCGCCAUGCACCGUGGCGGUUCUGCAUUUUUACGCAGCGGUCCAGCCUCUUCGUCCUUUAAUCAAACGGCGUCACAUGCAGCUGGAAAGCACUUUAACGCUUCAGAUAAAAUGUGUUUGGGUGAAUGCCGCAGCCCACAGGAUUUGGAGCAGCACUGGAGGCCAGCAUGCGCGGAUCAGAGGACGUUUUUAUAACGCUUGCGAAUCAUAUAUAGCAGAUUUUGGCACUUAACGUAAAAUCAAAGACUCAGCCAUGGGUGAUGAGAGCAACCUGUCUCGGCAGAUAGAGAGUGUGGAGAGGAGCAUGGUGUUCCUCAGGCAGGAGCACCUCACUUUGCUCCACGGCCUCCACCUGGAGAUCUUGUCCCUGCAGAAACGAUGCGCAGAGUUGACAAGUGAACUAAAGGUGAAGCCUCCGGGCAGAAGCCAAAUAGAGUUACAGGAGGAAGAGGAGCUCCUGGAGGCUCGGUGUUGGGACCUGGAUAGCCGUCUGUCCGAGCAGGAGUGCACCUUAGGAGAGCUUCGUAAGGAGCUGAGUCACAAAGGGGCUUUGGUGGGAGCGCUGAGAGCCAAUCUCAAGGAAAAGGAGCGCCAUUUCCUCGAGGAGCUCAAACGGCGCAGCCACUGCUCCACGAUCCUCAACACGGAGCUGCAGAAACAAACGGAGGCGGCAGCAUACCUCUCGUUCCAGCUGCACGCUGCCAGGCAGAAACUGCACCACCAGCGGAUGCAGCAGAGGCAGGGACUCCUCGCCCGUGCCAACAGUCAGGGGGCCCAGUAUGGUGCCGAGCAGAACUCUGUUUCUCCACAGAUGCCAUCAGGAGCCUCCCCUUCGUCUCCUGUGGUCAAACCCAAGCGUAAGAGCGCGAGGGCGUCUUUGAGAGUGGAGCGUGCCCGCGAGUGUGUGCCCAUAGAGAAAGUGAUGGGCCCCGCAGAGCCCACAGCGAUGCCGGACCCUGCACUCUUCCUCCACCCUCGAAGGCACAGGGCUCGCUCCAGGCACACUGCAGCACAAAGACAGCCUCCACUGGGGCUAGAGAAGGAGGAUGAGGAGGAAGGAGGUGGAGAGGGGCCAGUGGAGCACCAGGGUGAAGCUGCCAGACUGGUGUCUUCAGCCGCAGCACCCCCUGCUGCUGAGACAAAGGCAGAUUAGCGACUACUGUGACUUGUGCUUUUAACUGCAGUGUGAUCACUGUAUGAUUAUCUCCUGUCAGACUGUUAAUGCUGUUAACUGUUGUUCUGCACUUUGACCAAAUUGAUACUGAGACUGGUUUUAGCUAUUGAAUUACAUCACACUUAUUGUAGACACUUUUUUAAAUAUGGACUUUGAUAUAACCUUAAAUAACUUGCAAAGCGAAACUCAGUGUCACUAUAAGUCGGUCUGAAAUGAAGUUAGAUGAAUUAUCUGUUUACACUGGUGUCACAUGCUCAGUAUACUGUGGCAGCCCCUUUUUGAUCUGUGGUGACUGAGUAGCAGCCAUUUUAGGUGGGCUACAAGCCGACGUGUUGUGUAGCCCAGCCGACUUUGAACUUUCAAGGCCAAUCGUAAAUCAACCACGUGACCAAACGUUUGUGUGGCCCCCCCUGACUGAGUCACAGCUGAAAAUAUCUGAUGUGGCAUGCACGUCUGUGUGAGUCCUCCAAGUGAAAAAAUGUUGAUUGAAAAGAGGUGUUUGGCCAUUACUUUGAAAAAAUACAAUUAGAAAUAGUAACUUGAGAUAACUUUUUUUCUGAACUUCAAUCCAUGACCACUGCACUGCAUAUCGCUCUGUUAAGCUCUACAGCUGAUAAAUUUUAUCUGUAUUACGUCUCUUUAUACCUAACACAGUAAAUUCAUAUCUGAUUUUGACAGAAGAGGACGUAUAAUCCCAGUGUUGGGUCAAUAUCCUAGCCCCAGCUGUAACCUCAAAUGCUUAACUCUUUAAACUGACCAUACAUUAAAGGUAUAGUGUGCAGGAUUUUCCCUAAAUAUCAAUAUAUAGAGUCAUACAGAAGAAAUCCAUCUUAAUCAUCACUCAUGACACACUACAAGUAUGUGGCAGUGUAUGUUUCUGCAGAGACCUUUGCCUGUAUUUUCUUUGUUUCUUCUUAUUGUCCGUGUUUAGGACGUUCAUGGGCGUGUACCCUCACAGCACUCAGGUGAGGUCGGGGCUUUAUUAAAAGGUAGUAGCCAAGUGCCAGCCCUGUUUCCACCAAACACUUUUGGUAUGGUACCUUUGGAACCAAAAGCAACCCUUCAGACAUGGUACCUAGA